CCUUAGUCUUACAGCCACAAUGACCACAAUACCUGCAAAGAUAGUACCCAUAGUGUACAAUACGGAUAAAUGGAUAGAAGAAAAUAAACAAUAUUUUCUUCCUCCUGUCUGCAAUAAAUUGAUGCACAGUGAUGGCCAGAUGAAAGUUUUUUAUGUUGGUGGUCCAAACCAACGGAAAGAUUACCAUAUUGAAGAAGGGGAAGAGUUGUUUUACAUGUUGAAAGGAGACAUGUGUUUGAAAGUUAUUGAACAUGGGAAACACAGGGAUGUUGUCAUCAAAGAAGGAGAAAUUUUCUUAUUGCCUGGAAAAAUUGCACAUUCUCCUCAAAGGCAUGAGAACACAAUUGGGCUGGUGAUUGAGAGAGAAAGGGAGAAAACUGAGUUAGAUGGUUUAAGAUAUUACCAGACAGUGGAUGGAGAACCCACUACAGACUCCCUAUAUGAAGAAUGGUUCUAUUGCACAGAUCUAGGCACAGAGCUUGGUCCUGUCAUAAAAAGGUAUUUUGAAUCAGAACAACACAAGACAGGAAAGUCUAUUCCAGGAACCAUUCCAGAGAACCCUCCAAUAAUCCUGGACAGUAAGACCAGUCUUCAAGAUCCUUUUAACCUCCACAAGUGGAUUGAGGAUCAUAGGGAGGAGAUUGAUAGCAAAGGCUUUGUCCAGUUGUUUGGGGAUAAUAAUCAAUUCUCAGUCAAAGUUUAUGGCAAGGGAGAAAACACAGACCAGUGUGAUAAAGCAGAGACAUGGAUUUGGCAGAUUGAAGGAAGGUCAGAGGUCAGUGUUGAUGGAAGUCUAUACAAGCUUGAAACCAAUGACUCCAUGCUAGUUCCCACUGGGCUGAGGUACACAGCCACACGACAGGAGGGUAGUAUCUCUCUCAUCUGUUACCAGGAUCCAACUCGCAAGAAGUCCUAAGUGUCUGCUCAAAGCCCCGUCACUGUUUUAAUGUUGAGAUAAAUUUUGCCUUUACUUAUAAUUCGUUGUUGAAUAUAAUUGUUAUGAUACCACUGUCACUAAUUACAGACCCCAGCAGCUGACCAGGCAUGACAUCUUAGACUAAAGAACCGCACGACUGACCUGGAGUGACAUUUUAGACUACAGACCCCAACUAUUGACCGAACGUGACAUCUUAGACUAAAGACCCUAAUUACUGACUGUGCGUUACAUCUUAGACUAAAUAUCACAGGUAACAUUCCCACUGGUGUUGGCUUGGGUCACCACCCAUGUGAGAAUAUCGCCAGUUGUCAGUGGUCUUGAGUUGUCGCUACUGGUCAGUUUGUUCAGUUCUGUAAUUGAUAUCCAUUGUACCUGUCCAGAUCCUAGCAAUAUUGUUACACAGUUUACAAAUAUAACAAGUCCUUACUGCUCAGAAGAUAUGUUUAGUUUAUA